AUGGGACCUCUACCACUCACUCUCGACUGGAGCCAGGUCGCCCACGUCUCGUCCCCGUUGCUUGUACCGUCCUGGGCAAUUGCGAAUGUCGCCGGCGCGCUUGUUUUCUUGGUGUACAUAGUCGCCACGGCGUGCUACUACAUGAAUGUGUGGAACACAAGAUACCUGCCUUUUCAAAGCUCUGAUAUUUAUGACAACACGGGAGCUGUUUACAAUGUGUCGAGGAUCCUGGGUGAGGGAACGGGCUUCCAAUUAGACGUUGCGAAGUACGAGAACUAUUCACCUGUCUAUAUGCCUAUUACAUACGCCCUGAAUACCUGUGCAUUGGCAAUUGCAACAUUAGCUUCGCUCAUUGUUUGGAUGGGUCUCGAACAUAACGAUGUGCUUUCAGCGGCAGCACGCCGUGCUUGGGAAUACAGCCGUGCGAUAUUCGUGAAGGAAAUGGAUUCCACGAAAGAGAGAGUGCGGAAUCCCGACGACGUCCCCAUGUGGUGGUACGUGGUGGCUCUUGCUCUAGGACUUUUCUUCGCUAUCUUUUCGAUCGAGUUCUAUAAUCUGGACUUGCGUUGGUACGGGGUUUUGUUUGCUUUGCUGGUCGGUGCUAUCUUCUUCUCUCCGGUGACUCUUAUCUAUGCCACUGCCAACGUCAAAAUUGGGGUUGACAUAUUUUGUCGUAUCGUGGCUGGGUUCGUUUGGGAGAGUAAGCCUCUCGCAAACAAUUGGUUUGUUGGACUCUGGUAUACUACAAUCGCCAAUGGGCUUUCAUUUUCGCCGUAUAUGAAGCUCUGUAGCUUCUAUGGUAUAUCCCCCGGCCCCGUCUUCCUAACCCAAUGCGUCGGCAUCAUCAUCGGAACCAUCUGUCAAGUAGCAGUCAUAAACUGGGCCCUGGGCCACAUCAAAGGCAUCUGCACCACCGACGCCAUCAACGGCUUCUCAUGCCCAUUCGCCCGCACCGACUUCAACACCAGCAUCAUCUGGGUCGCGAUCGGCCCGCGACGCUUCUUCUCCGGCAGUUCAGGAUACAGAAGUCUCUUCUACAUCCUGAUUCUAGGCGGCGCCCUUCCAAUCCUGGUCUUCCUCCUCGAACGCCGCUACCCGAAGUCCAUGUGGCGAUACGUCAACGUGCCUUUGUUUCUGGGAGGAUUGAACUACAUCCCUCCAGCCACGGGCAUGAACUACGGGAGUUGGGCUAUCGUUGGUCUGUUCUUUGGGGUGUUUGUUCGUCGCAAAGAAAAUGGGUGGUGGCGCAGCUAUAAUUACGUCCUUGGGGACUAA